AUGGGCCUGUCUAAUUACUUCAGAGCCGAGAGGCCCAAAGAGAAUAGGAAGAAGACGGCCACGUCUCCCACGCCAGCAGGACCUUUCGCUGAGACGGGUCAUUCGAGUCCGCUGGGAGUAGAUGACUAUGGCCUCCAUCUUCCACCCUCGAACUUUGGCUCGUCGCGAGGAUCAAUUUCAGAACGUUCAGCUCAGUCAAUCAAUAGCUCGGUCUUCUUGGACGAUAUCAAACACGAGGUGAUGGUCAACUACUUAUAUCAACAACAGUGUGCGCACUUGUGGGUUAGUGAUGGAAGUGGUGACGUGGAGGGUGUUCUCCUUCGCAAGUCUAAAGGAACGUAUAUGGCCUGCCCACCUGCUCUGGGAGAUUCGACCUUUGCGAUGGCCUGUUCCGCUCUCAACGUUCAGUGUGCGAUGACGGUAAACUCGAGAGUAAUCAAAACUUUCUUAUCGUGGUCUCCCGAGGCAGUUGAUGUUCCAUUGAUGAACGGCCUUCGGAUUCAGAUUUUGCCAACGCUUGACGACCUAGCAAGAGCGAGGAAGCAUCAAUUUGCCGCUUUCGUUGCAUCUGAGGCUUUGCUCGUCGUAUGGGACGACGAUGCGCUACAUCUUGUCCAACGAGCCAAAGCUAUAGAGUCGGAGUUGAUGGAGCUUGUAUGGCAGAGCGGCGAGAUCGGUGAUGACGACGGGGAGAAAGGCCCCGGAUAUCUGGCCGAGGAAGCCGAGAUAGACGAGGAGAGCGGUCAGAUCAAGCCCGAGAAGCGACCGAUCCAUCUGCUAAACACAUAUCUUGUUUCUAUCGUCAUAGUAUUGGUUACUGUCUCCUUGGGUGCUGCUUGGAGGCAGCUUGCUAUCGAGGUAUCUGUUGACAAUAGCUGGGUGCGUUUGGGCCUGCUGGCGCUUUUCCCGAUCCAGGUCUUCUUUUCUCUAUUCUUCGCUCAGGUACUCGUCGGUUGCCUAGCUCAGAUCUUUGGUCCUAUCCGCCAACUUACCAUCAACUCCAAAUUUUACUCUGCCCGGCCGCCGCCGAGGCUACGAACCGCGACUUUACCACACGUUACCGUACAAUGCCCUGUUUAUAAAGAGGGUCUAGCAGCAGUGAUUCAACCUACCGUCCGAUCAAUAAAACAAGCCAUCAGCACCUACGAAUUGCAAGGCGGUUCUGCGAACUUGUUCAUUAACGAUGAUGGCCUUCAACUCAUAUCCGAAGAAGAGCGACGAGCUCGCAUUGACUUUUACGCCGACCAUAGCAUCGGUUGGGUCGCCCGUCCUAGGCACGGCGAGAAUGGUUUCUUGCGCCGCGGCAAGUUCAAGAAAGCAUCGAACAUGAACUUCGCUCUUAUGAUUUCUUGCAAAGUUGAGGAGCAGUUAUCUCUUUACGACCGUGGCCCCGAAUGGUCCCAAGCCGACGAGGCUCUAGCAUAUGAAAGAUCGUUGAAGGAAGUUCUCGAGGAGGAUGGGCGAGCUUGGGCUGACGGCAACGUCCGCGUCGGCGAUUAUAUCCUCAUCAUCGACUCCGAUACUCGCGUUCCUUCCGAUUGCCUUUUGGAUGCCGUUUCCGAAAUGGAACAGUCUCCCGACGUCGGCAUCAUGCAGUUCUCAUCUGGUGUUAUGCAGGUCGUCCAUACCUAUUUUGAAAAUGGGAUCACCUUUUUCACCGAUCUCAUAUAUAGCGCCAUUAGGUAUACAGUGUCCAACGGUGAUGUCGCGCCGUUCGUCGGCCACAACGCGAUAUUACGAUGGAGUGCUAUCCAGCAAGUGUCCUACGAAGAUGAGGAUGGCUAUGAAAAGUUCUGGUCCGAGUCACAUGUGUCGGAGGACUUUGAUAUGUCUCUUCGUCUACAAUGCAACGGCUAUAUCAUCCGCCUCGCCGCCUGGGCCGGUGAAGGAUUUAAAGAAGGUGUAUCCCUAACCGUGUACGAUGAAUUGGCUCGAUGGGAAAAGUAUGCGUACGGCUGUAACGAGCUACUUUUUCAUCCGAUCCGUAAGUGGAUAUGGAAAGGUCCGUUCACGCCUUUAUUCCGCAGAUUCCUCUUUUCCAAUAUCCGCUUUACGUCGAAAGUCACCAUCAUCUCAUAUAUCGGUACUUACUACGCUAUCGGGGCCGCGUGGAUCAUGACAUCCGUCAACUAUUUCAUCAUGGGAUGGUUCAACGGCUACCUGGACAAGUAUUACAUCGACUCUUGGCAGGUUUGGUUCUCUAUCAUCAUCGUUUUCAACGGCCUCGGUAAUGUUGCACUGGCCGUUAUGCGAUACCGUGUUGGAGAGCGCACGCUUAUGUAUGCGAUCUACGAAAAUUUCAAAUGGACGUUCCUCCUGGCCAUUUUCUUGGGCGGCCUCUCACUCCAUGUCAGCCAAGCCAUAUUGGCCCACAUGUUCGAAAUCGACAUGACUUGGGGAGCGACAUCGAAGGAGGCCGAGUUCUCCAACUUCUUCAUAGAAGUUCCUAAGGUGCUGAAAAAGUUCAAGUUCUCCAUGCUCUUCUCCCUACUCUUCAUCGUAGGGAUGAUCGUUAUAGCCGUCGCGCCCAUCGUCCCUCAUAACUGGCGCAUUACAGAUUUUGUGGCUAUUCUUCCCAUGGCAACUGUCGCAAGUAGUCAUUUCCUGUUGCCUCUUGCUCUGAACCCUGCGCUCAUGACUUUUUCAUGGUAG